CUAAUGCGUACUCACGAUUUCAUCCCACUAGACAAAUGUACUGAGUGCUGGAACCUGUGUGUACAAAACAGAAGAAGACUCAGCUCCUGCAGCGCUUACAGUCUAGCAGCAGGUGUUUGCUGAAGACAGCUUACCCAGAUCACUACUACCUGGAGGCGAUUGAUAGAUCCUGGUGUACAUCUUCAAGGAGGACACAGGCAGGAAAACAUGAGCCAGCGAGUGAAGACAAGGGCCCAGACACGGGGCCAGAAUGGGCUGCGCGGGAGAGCCACCGGUGGGCUCAAGCCGAGGCAGGACGGGGCCAGCCAAGACCUGCAGGCAGAAACGGAGCCCGUCAGCGCGGUGUGGGCGGUGUGUGAUGACGGGGUGUGCCCCGAGCCUGGCCUGCAGGCUCCUGGAGAGGAUGAUUUCUCGGACUGCUACAUAGAAUGCAUCAUAAGGGGUGAGUUCUCUCAACCCAGCCUGGAAGAGGACGCACUUUUUAUGUCCUUGCAAUACCUAAAGAAAGGAUCAGAACAAGAGCUUGCUCAAAAGGUUCUCGAAGCGAGCUCCCUUCUCGAAUGUUCUUUGGAAGAAUAUGUGAAUAAAGAGCUUCCUCAGAAGAUUGCUGGAGAGAAUUCACUUGAGUGUUCUGAGUACACGACCAGCAAGAAGCUUCCACCUGGAGGAAUACCUGACAUGGACCUCGCAGAUCCUAAACAGCUCGCAGAACUUGCGAGAAUGCAGUCCCCUAUAAAUCAGGAAUGUGGCCAUCUGGGCCCCAUUGCUUGUCCUCAGAGUGGAUGCACCAGAAAGCUGAGGGAUCUGGCUGCCCUGAGAAAGCAUCGCGUUGUUCACGGGCCCCGAAACCACGUCUGUGCAGAGUGUGGAAAGGCGUUCACUGAGAGCUCAAAACUUAAAAGGCAUUUCCUGGUUCACACUGGAGAGAGGCCGUUUCAGUGCACCUUCGCAGGGUGCGGAAAGCGCUUCUCCCUGGAUUUCAAUUUGCGUACACACGUCCGCAUCCACACAGGGGAGAAACGUUUUGCGUGUCCCUUUGAAGGCUGUAGCAAGAAGUUUACUCAGUCAAGUAACCUGAAAGCCCACAUCCUAACUCAUGCAGAUAUGAGCAAGAACGAAUGAAAAAGAUGGCAAAUAGUCCUUCAACAGGAUAACCUUAUUAACAGGAGCGAUCAGUGACAAACAUGCCUCAUUGAUCAUUGUUUUUCGGAAGGAACUUUUUUUUUUUAAAUUUU